AUGAGGGAAGACAACCCAUCAGAGAACAGGUCCAAAACUUCAAAAUUUGCCGACCAAAACCAAGCCCCAAAGCUUCAAAAUGCCAAAGGAGGCAAUCCCAACAAUAACAACCACUCCAAACCCAGGUUGUGGGGUGCUCACAUUGUCAAAGGGUUCUCUGCUGACAAGAAAACCAAGCUUCAUUCAACACUUGCUACCAAAAAACACACACUAACAACAUCAUCAACAACAACCACCACCGCCUCGGAUGUUGUUGCAAACCAGAAGAACCCUUUUGUGCCUGCUCAUUCCCGAGUAAAGAGGUCCCUCAUAGGUGACUUGUCAUGUUCCAUGAAUGCUGCUCAGGUUCAUCCACAUGCGUUCCCAACACAUAGGAGACAAUCAUCCACUGAUUUGUUCACUGAGUUGGAUCACAUGAGGAGCUUGUUGCAGGAGUCUAAGGAGAGAGAGGCCAAGUUGCAUGCUGAGUUGGGAGAGUGUAGGAGGAAGCAAUGUGAGGUUGAUGAGCUUGUGAAGAGGGUUUCUUUGUUGGAAGAAGAGAAGGCUAGCCUCUCUGACCAAUUGGCUGCUUUGACAUGUGUCACUGAGAGACAUGAGGAGGAUGUGAAAGUGGAACACAAAGAUAGUUCAGUGCAGAAUCUUGAGCUUGAAGUUGUUGAAUUGAGAAGGCUGAAUAAGGAGCUGCAGAUGCAGAAGAGGAACCUUACUUGCAGGCUCUCUUCUCUUGAGUCUCAGUUGUCUUGUCCUGCCAAAUCUUCAGAGAGUGACAUUGUUGCCAAAAUCAAAGCUGAAGCAUCAUUGCUGAGGCUCACAAAUGAAGACUUGUGCAAGCAAGUAGAAGGUUUACAGAUGAGCAGAUUGAAUGAGGUUGAGGAGCUUGCCUACUUGAGGUGGGUGAAUUCAUGUUUGAGAAACGAGUUGAAGAAUACAUGCUCAGCAUUGGAUUCUGAUAAGCUAUCUAGCCCUCACUCUAUUGUGAGCAAUAGUGGAGACUGUGUUGUUAGUUCUUUCUCUGAUCAAAGCUAUAGGUACUUAAACUGUGGUAGUGCAAAUAGGUUCAAUUUGGUGAAGAAGCCUAAAAAGUGGCCCAUAACUAGUGACCCUUUAUCACAAGUAGAGUGCCCAGGUAGUCUCAUUGAGAAAAAUUGGAUUGAAUCAGAUAUAGGUGGAAGCCCCAGAAGAAGACACUCAAUCAGUGGAUCAAACUACUCAGAGGAAGAGGUUGUUUUGAGUAAGAGAAGACAAUCUGAUUGUUUUGUUUGUUCAAAAGAAAUGGAAAAGGAAUCAGUGCCAUUGUCUGUUGACUCUGUUCAACAAUCUGGUUUGGAGAUUGUGCAAAGACCACAAUACUGCCAAGAAGCUACCAAAAUUUUGGCUUCUUCAGAUGUUGAGAAGAGGGCACUACGAAUUCCUAACCCCCCUCCAAGACCUUCAUGUUCUAUUUCUAGCAAAACAAAACAGGAAAGUUCAGCUCAAGUUCCACCUCCUCCACCUCCACCUCCCCCACCACCUCCUAUGAAUUUUGCAUCAAGAAGUACCACAGCAAUGGUAAAACGCGCUCCACAAGUCGUGGAAUUGUACCAUUCACUUAUGAAGAGAGACUCUAGAAAGGAUUCUUCAAAUGGAGGACUCUCUGAUGCACCAGAUGUUGCUGAUGUUCGUAGCAGCAUGAUUGGAGAAAUUGAAAACCGUUCCUCACAUUUGCUUGCUAUAAAGGCAGAUAUUGAGACUCAGGGAGAAUUUGUGAAUUCAUUGAUUAGAGAGGUGAACAACGCAGUUUAUCAGAACAUAGAAGAUGUAGUGGCAUUUGUGAAGUGGCUGGAUGAUGAACUCUGCUUCCUUGUGGACGAGAGGGCUGUCCUUAAGCAUUUCGAUUGGCCAGAGAAGAAAGCUGACACAUUAAGAGAGGCAGCAUUUGGAUAUCAAGAUUUGAAAAAAUUAGAAACUGAAGUUUCCUCCUACAAGGACGAUCCUCGGUUACCUUGUGAUAUUGCUCUAAAGAAAAUGGUUGCAUUAUCCGAAAAGAUGGAGCGUACAGUUUAUAACCUUCUCCGCACAAGAGAGUCAUUAAUGCGUAACUGCAAGGAGUUUCAAAUUCCCAUAGAAUGGAUGCUUGAUAAUGGAAUCAUUGGCAAGAUAAAGUUAAGCUCAGUAAAACUGGCCAAAAGGUAUAUGAAAAGGGUAGCUAUGGAACUUCAAGCAAAGUCAGCCUUAGAAAAAGAUCCUGCAAUGGAUUACAUGCUUCUCCAAGGAGUGAGAUUUGCUUUUAGAAUCCAUCAGUUUGCAGGAGGAUUUGACGCAGAAACAAUGCACGCAUUUGAGGAACUUCGCAAUCUAGCUUCUCUUCUUAACAAAACAUAA